UUGGCUUCCUCUUCAAAUUGCUGUCAAUCAGGCUCCUUCCUCGCUCUUUUAGAGCGCUACAGUCUUUACGAGGUCUUUGCCUCUCUGUGCCUUGGCUGCCUUAGCAGCUAAGAGACCUCGUGGCCAGCCUACAAGGUUCGCUCUCAGGCUCCCUCAUUACCGCUCGCCUCUGCCGCGCUGCCUGAAGAGCACCAGAAGUUUCACUUCAAGGCUCCGGAGGGACGAUCGCUGCAACCGCGCCACCGGAAAAGCCUCCUUUCAUCGCGGCGACCACAGGCUUCAUUUGCCAAGCCGCCUCUUCUUGCCACCAGCAGCGUCAUUUGUCGGCUCCGAAUCUCUCCUGGCGCCGGAGCGGUUGGGCUGCAAACUGCCGGCCGAUAAGCUGCCUUGCCGGCUCACCACCUCAGCCCUUCCUCAGGGCCUUGUCUACUCUGAAGGCAGUUAAUUUAGGCGGGAAAGCAGCAGCGGCCAUUUUGUUUGGGCGGGAAGCCACCUACGAUGUUUCACAGUAACUGUGAGUAAUGGUGACCAACGGGACCAUUCCUGAAGAGGGGGAUUCACCCAGUCCAAUUGCCCCCCUCUGCUCCAGUCCCCUCUGAGCCCAGGAGCAAAAAGAGAACCUAUAACAAGCCUUCUGCUACCAAGCCUGCUAAGGCUCCUAGGCCUGCUCCUCCUCAUGAGACCCAGGAAGCUACUACUCCUAGUUCACCUAAUGACAAUGCCUCUGAUCCUGCUCCUCGUAAGGCCACUUCCAAGACCAAUCAUUGCUCCACUCCUGCACCCGCUCCUAGGGUUUCUCCUCCAUCUAAUUUCAACCCAAUGUAGGACCUCUCCACUGAUAUUGAAGGGGAUAUCCCCCCCCCCCUCAGCUUCUCCCUGGAACUCGGAGGAUGGGAUUGGAUUUCAAGGGGAUGGCAGAAUCACCCCUGACAUAGAUGUGGGUUCCCCUGCCCCCAGGGCUGUCUCCAUCAAGCCUGAUGAUAUGGCUGACAUCAUAGCAGCUGCCAUUGAGUGGGGCAUUGCUGCAGGCCUUCAGCAUCGACCUCCUGCUGCUACCAUGCCUCAUUGUUCCACUUCCCAAAAAUCUAAGGGGGGGGGGUGUCGUUCCAACCAGUCCCAAAGGGCGACUUCUGCAAGUGCUUCUCAGCCUCCUGCGGUGGAUACUGAGGAGCAGGUCACUCAUGAUUCCGACCUGUCAGAGGAUGAGAAUUCGACCCCUGCUUCUUUUGCCUUAUUGGGCCUGUUCAAACCUGCCUUGUUUUACUCCGUCUUGUUUAAAGCCAAGGUGGUUUCUGGUAUUCCGGCUUCUAAACCAUCCUCCUCUUCGGAGGCAGACAAGUCAGACACCACAGAUCCCAUCUUUUCACGUCCACCGUCGAAAAGGACAUAGUUCCUUCCCCGAAACUGUUUCUGGAGGUGAUUCAAAAUCAGCGGGCCUCUCCAGGGUCAGGGCCCCUUCUAGUCUGGACAAACAGUUGUAUAAUAUCAGCCCAGAGCUCUAUAAACUUUAGGAGGUUUCUUCCAUUGAUCUCCCAGUGGUGUCUUUGUCAUUGCCUAAUGCGGCCACCACUGCUCCAGAGGACGCUCUCCGCCCUGAGGACAAACACUUUGACCAGUCACUGGUAAAGGGCCAUCAGUCCACUGCAUGGGCGGCCAAGGCCGCCUCUUCUUCAUUUUUCAACAGGGUUGCCCUUUGUUGGCUAAAGCAGAUGCAGGACAGGAUCCCUCCUGGAGAUUCCCGCGCUCACCAGGAUAUCAACAAGCUUAAGGCGGCAAUGAAGUACGCAGCAGAUGCAUCUCUGGAUGCGGUACGUUUCUCUUCUAGGUCCAUGGUUUCUACCAUCACCACCAGACGUCUUCUUUGGCUGAAGCAGUGGCAAGCGGAGCCCAGAGCAAAGUGGUGCUUGGCGUCCGCCCCCUUCUCAACCGGUCUGCUCUUUGGUGCUCCUCUGGAGCCUCUCUUGGUAAGUCCAAGGACAAACGCAAGGUGCUUUCUUCUGCAAACCACAAGUCUGACCCUAAACCUUUCUUUCGCAGGUCGUCCUUUCGUGGGAUGGACAGGGCAUUUGCCUACCCCGUCCUCAGCGCCAGGUUCCCCCGAGGCAGGGCCAGCAGUUCCAGGACAGGUCCAACCGAAACUCCCAGCGAUUCUCCUAUAGAAAGCCCUUCAAGGGCGGUUCAAACUGUACCUUUCGAAAGCAGAAAGGAAAUUUCUGAUGACCUCCCUAUUGGGGGACGCCUGUCCGCCUUCGCUGAUUGCUGGGAUGACAUCACCAGAGACUCCUGGAUCAGGCGUACCGUCCGGUUUGGCCUGGCCCUGGAAUUUCUUUCCAGCCCCCCGUAGACUUUCGUACCUUGUCCUGUCUCUAGGGACACUUCCCAAAGACAUCUGGUUGAAUUAGCUAUCGGUCAUCUCCUCCAAAUUCAGGCCAUCGAGGAGGUUGGGCAGGGGUUUUAUUCCCGUCUCUUCAUAGUGCCUAAGUCUUUGGGGGGGUUGGAGAGCAAUUCUCGACCUCAAAUUUCUAAACAAAUUUAUAGUCUACCGGAGGUUUAAAAUGCCUUCUCUGUUGUCCAUUCUGGAGAGCAUUCAGCCCAAUGACCUUCUCUCCUCCAUUGACCUCACAGAGGCAUACCUCCAUAUUCCCAUUCUUCCAGAUCACAGAAAAUUUCUUCGUUUUUCCUACGAAGGGAAACACUUCCAAUACCGAGCACUUCCAUUUGGUUUGUCAUCGGCCCCAAGGGUUUUCACUAAGAUUCUUGCUGCUCUGGCGGCCCAUCUCAGAUCUAUGCCGGUUAGAAUUCUCUGUUAUCUUGAUGAUAUUUUGUUACUAUCCAGGUCGUCACAUCAGGCCCUCCGGAACAUCCAGCUCACCCUUCAGACCCUAGGGGACCACAGUUUUCUGGUCAACUUGAAGAAGAGUCAUCUGCAGCCCACGACUCGUCUCACGCAUCUGGGGACAGUGAUAGACACCUCUCUGGAACAGGUAUUCUUAUCCCCCGACAGGCAGGUGAGCAUUCACGACAUGGUCUCAUUCGUCCGCGAAAAAGAGGCGGUUCCGUUCAUCCAACUGUCUCAGCUCUUGGGCAAGAUGGUGUCCACUUUCUACAUCAUGCCGUGGGCCAGAUUCCACAGUCGCCAGCUCCAAUGGCUUCUGCUCCCGUAUCAGAAGGCGAACUGCAGUUGCUCUUCACACAGAAUACGUCUGACAUCGGAGGUAAGGCGAUCCCUACGCUGGUGGCUCUCUCUUUCACAAACCCCCAUGCAUCAUACUAACUACGGACGCAAGUCUGCAAGGGUGGGGAGCCCACGUGUUGUCACACACAGCCCAAGGUCUUUGGUCAUGUUCCGACCAGAGGAACAGUAUCAACUGGUUGGAGCUGAAAGCAGUGUUUCUUGCCCUCCUUUGUUUCCACUCUCUUGUGGCCAAUGCGCACGUGCUCGUCCUUACGGAAAAUACCACCACCAAAGCACAGAUAAACCGGCAGGGGGGGACAAAAUCCCGGCGUCUAAUGACUCUGUCUUUCCAACUGAUCUCUUGGGAGGAAAACCACCUGUUAUCGCUCAGGGCAGAGCACAUAUCGGGGGUCCAAAACACUCAGCCAUUACCUCAGCGAGGCGAGUUUCCGAGUUGGCAGCCUUGUCCAUCAGGCAAGAUUUAUGCAUCUUUCAUCCUGAUAAGGUAGUCCUUCGACUUGACCUGGCCUUUGUACCUAAGGUAAAUUCUGUAUUCCAUAGAACCCAGGAAUUGGUGCUUCCCGACUUCUGUUCUCAGCCAUCACAUAGACUGGAACUGGUUUCCUUGUCAUCACCUAACGCGGCCACCACCGCACCAGAGGACGCCCUGCACCCUGAGGACAAACACUUUGAGCAGUCACUGGUAAAGAGCCAUCAGUCCGCCACAUGGGCGGUCAAGGCCGCCUCUUCUUUUUUCAACAGGGCUGCCCUUCGAUGGCUCAAGCAGAUGCAGGACAGGAUUCCCCCUGGAGAUUCCUGCGCUCACCAGGAUAUCAACAAGCUUAAGGCAGAAAUGGAGUACGCGGCAGAUGCCUCUCUGGAUGCAGCACAUUUCUCUUCCAGGUCCAUGGCUUCUAACAUCAGCACGAGGCAUCUUCUUUGGCUGAAGCAGUCGCAAGCAGAGACCAGAGCAAAGUGA